AUGCCCAAGAGGAAGGUUAGCGGGGACAGAGCAGCGAAGGCAGAGCCCAAGCGGCACUCGGUGAGGCUGUCGGCCAAGCCCGCCCCUGCCAAGGUGGACGUGAAGCUGAAGAAAGCCGCGGGAAAGGAUAAACCAUCAGACAAAAAAGUGCAAACAAAAGGGAAGAGGGGAGCAAAGGGCAAACAGGUGGAGGUGGCUGACCAGCAAACCACAGAUGUGCCUGCAGAAAAUGGAGAGGCUGAGAACCAGAGUCCAGCCUCUGAAGUCGAAGAGAAAGAAGCCAAGUCCGACUAAACAUCCAUUGUGUCUGUCAGUGUCCUCGCCUCCCUUCUUGUACAAUCCAGAGGAAUAUUUUUAUCAACUAUUUUAUAAAUGCGAGUUUUUUAGUAGCUCUAGAAACAUUUUUAAAAGGUGGGAGGAAGUCCUGCCUCAUCCCAUUUUUUAAGUGUAAAUGAUUUUUUUAAGAGGUUAAAUCACUUGCUGGUUGUUUAUUUUUUGGUACAACCAGAAAAUAGCAGGAUACUGAAUCAGGAGAGACUGUGACUGUCUCGGGGGUCACCAUAACAUUCCGUAGAGGGGGCUAGUUUUAUAUCCUACAACACAAAGCAUACUUGGAGUCUUGGUCGUGCAUUUGUGUCUGGAAUAUUUUCAGUUAUUUCUGGUCUCGUGUUUCUAGUAUAACUGUAUCCU